AUGGCUUCAUCACAAGACAUUAUUCACAUUCCUUCUGCCUCUCACCUUCCCACCAUCAAACUAUCAUCCGUUAAUUACCUUGUUUGGCGCACUCAUAUGCGGCUUCUUCUUUCCAUCCACAAGCUGUCCUCUCACAUCGACGACUCUUCUUCCCCGCCAUCUGAAACCAUCACUAUUGACAACAAAUCGGCAUCAAAUCCGGAGUUUGUUACUUGGACAGAAUCUGAUCAGAAAGCCGCCCUUCUUAUUCUUUCGUCUCUUACGGAGGAGGCGGCUGCCGAGGUUCUCGGUCUCAAUCGGGCGAAGGAAAUCCGGAAUGCCCUCGAGAAUCUCUACACCAUCGGGCAUCCGGUUACUGAAAGUGAUAAGCUGCACUGGUUUCUUCGUGGCCUUGGCCCAUCUUAUGAGAUUUUUUCUACUGCUAUUCGAGCCGUCAAACCGGCUCCUCUUUUUCGUGAUUUGGUUGCUCAAGCCGAGAGUCAUGAACUCUUUUCUCAAUCAAUCCACGGUACUUCCACUCCUCCGGCGACGUUCCACAUCCAACAUAAUCGUGGAUCUUCAAUGCCCAGCCGCGGCCGUGGCUCUUUUUCGCGGUAA